CCCUCCCAGUCAGCCCAUCCCUCUCCUGACUCUUACCGCUGCAGAGUUGGACAAAGAAAACUGCUGAUGGCCACUUGCACCUUCAACUACUUCCUGUACAGCGGUUCCGGAUGGCUGCUGCUGCUGGCAAUCCACCACGAAGCUCAAGGUUGCCAGAGUGUUUUUCACAAACGAGUCGGGGACACGGUGGAGCUCCCGUCGUGUUCGGCGGGCCAAGAUUUGACCUUCGGACACUGGAACUAUCAAGGCAGGAAAGUUGUUAUGGGGUCUGGUCAGUUUGCAGGCCGACUUCACCUCAACCCUCACAACUUCAGUCUGACGCUGACAGGCGUCACGCUGCAUGACAUGGGCGUCUUCAGUUUUGUUUCUGCCAUCAACGACAGCCAGCGAGAGACGGUGCAUGUCAGGCUGCACGUUCAUGAGCCAAUAACCACUGAGCCUGUCGUGACAGUCAACGCCACCUGGAACGCCACCAACCAAUCGUGCAGCAUCCUACUGGACUGCAGCGCCCCUGCUGGCAAGCCUGUAGAGUUCAAGUGGACAGUGACGAAUGGAAGCCUGAGCGGCGCCCGCCAUCACAUCCACGUCCUGCCGCAGCAUGCCACCAGGGAGGUCACAUGCACCAUCUACAAUGUAGUGAGCGAGAAGUCCGCCUCUGUUGCAGUGAAGUGUGCUAAUGACAUGUCCUUGCACGCCGCCACCACAGAGGCGCCAAACUUUGUGUUCACACUCAGCGUAGCAGCAGGAGCUUGCCUGCUCGUCAUGGCAGGCAUCGUCACAUCAGUCGCUUGCCACCACAGACGGAGACGAGCAGGGAGGAAGUGCGAGGAAAUGACGGUCUACGCUGACAUUUGUGAUGGAAGGUCAACGCCAACCAAAGAGAGUUCGCCGUACGAGAGCGUUGGUGACGACGAGAGAACAAUGGCUGUGGGAGUAUCCUGUGCCCCGUCCUCUGUCGCACCUGAUGGCUUUGCCUGCAUGCAGACACUCUAUGACAAGAUCGACCUGGCCCGCGUCGCUACACAAGACCACACCUUCUAGAUUGCCACCUGCUGUGUCCAGUGAUAAACGAAAGCUACCUUGUGGAGAAUGAUGGAACAGAGGCACAAAUACACAAACAUAAUAAAUACAUUUAA